AUGUCCGAUCAGAUCACCUCCCCUCCAGCUGCAGCCACCGGUAGCUCCUCCCACCCGUCCGGCGCAGACCCUUCUAGCAUCCGCGACCUGAAACCAGUCAUCAAAAACGUCGACAUGUCGGAAGAAAUGCAAUCCGAAACCAUCGAAAUCGCUUACGACGCUCUCGAAAAGUUCACCGUCGAAAAGGACAUGGCAGGCCAUGUAAAGCGUACGAUGGAUUCCAAGUUCGGCCCCACCUGGCAUGCCGUGGUAGGACAGAGAUACGGAAGUUACGUUACGCAUGAGACUAAGCACUUUAUCUACUUUUACUUGGGUCAGAUGGCGUUUUUGCUUUGGAGAGCAUAA